AUGCGGACGAGGUGCGCAGUGAGCUGGAGUUCCGCCGACCGGCCUUGCGAGGGCGCGUUCGAAGUCAGCGCCCUGGCGCUGGUGAGCGUGGUCGCGACUCAGUUUGAGCGGGAAGUGUUCGAGUGCGAGCUGGAAGUCACGGACGAGGACGGGAGAGAUGAUAACUCUACAGAUGGAGGAGAUGUGACGGAGGUGUGGCCAGGCGGUGGUGAAGCUGGUGAAGCCGGCAGUGGCAGACACUUCGCUAUCGACUUCGAGAAAAACCUGGUGCGAGUGGUAAGGCCGCUGCGCAGUGCCGGCCAGGUCGUCCUCAGAAUCCAGUCGCAGGAGGGCAGCAAGCGGAAGGACCUGCUGAUUCUCAUGGUAGACGUGGUGCUUGUCAAACAGCCCGAGCUGGUCAAGCACAACCUGACAUUCUCCAUGGAUGAGGGAGAAUACACGGACGUCGAGGUGGGAACGGUACAACUGACGACGUCGCCGGAGAGCGACCGCGUGCUCUUCAGCAUCCCCAGCGGCGACAGCUCCUAUCGGAUCACCCAGGACGGCCGAAUCUUCCUGUCGGGGAAAGUGGACUCAGAGCGCUCCACCGUGGCGCGCGUGCCGAUCCUGGCGUGCCGCCAGCUGUGCAUCGACCUGGCAUCGAGCUUACCGCUGGAAGGAAGCGUACAGGACGCCUGCCGCGGAUCCUGUGCCGCCGCAAAUGUCACGCUGCUGCUCCGCGACCUCAACGACAACAGCCCCGUCUUCACGGGCAACGAACCGGACGCGCCGUACGCUGUGUACAAGAUACGCACGCCGACCGAGUUGGUCCGAGCUACUGUCGUUGCCAACGUCUCCGCCUACGAUAUUGACAGUGACUCGACCAACAGCGCCGUCCGCUUCAAGAUCCUCACGCCCAGCGACGACUUCGUGAUCGGCGCGGAGACCGGCACGGUGACGGCCGCGCGUAAUGUGACCUCGCCUGCUGGCACCGUUCUCCGCCUGACCCUGGCGGCCUAUGACCUGGGUUCGCCCAGCCAGCGCGCGUUUGCCGUGUUGGAGCUAACCGCCACGGAAGGGAGCCAGGUGGAAAUGGCGCGAGCAUUCGACCGGCGCUUGUACGAGGUCCGCGUCGAGGAGAACACCCGAGCGGCCAAGAUCUGGAUGCCGUGGCGGCUCGACCCCUCCGGCCAGCAGCGCCGAUGGACGGUGAAUCCGGUCAACGGCACCAAACAGCCCGGUCGCCUAGCCGUCGUCAUCACGAACAAUUCCUUCUUGGAAAUGAGCGGUCCGCUCGACCACGAGCAGACGCGGGAGGUGUGGCUGCUGGUGACGACAGACCUGCUGCCGGCCAGCUCUGACGCGUACUUGACCCCGGCUGCUGAAGGUCAGCCCCCGUCGCCUCGCAGAGCGCCGCCGAACUCCGCCGACCGCGGACCGAGCGCGGACGAGCUACGCUAUAACCAGGCCCUGAUCAAGAUCGUCGUGGUGGAUGUGAACGAUCACUGGCCGCGGUUCAAUGUCACCGAUCUGCCCUCCAUUGUGGGCGUGCCUUACGACGCUGGUUACGGCUUUGAAGUCAUGCACAUGGAGGCAACCGAUGGCGACAAAAACGACAAUAUAUCAUACUCGCUCAACGCCACGGACCGACAUGUACGGGCCAUGUACAGCAUAGACCCGACGAACGGGCAGGUGUGGCUGCUGCGUCGGGCGGACGACACGGCGCAGAGGAUCCACCGUCUCCAGAUCCUCGCGACAGACACGGCCAACCACACCACUCGCGCCAAGAUUCUGAUAUACGUGCUGGAUUCCCGGGACAUGAUGAUAGCAAAGCUGAACCAGACUUCCGAACAUAUUCGGCAAAAUCGUGACGUCAUAUCCAGGGGUCUGAGCGAGAUGGCCGGCGGCGAUGUGCGGAUCCUGCGCGUGGCGCCGCACUCGGACGGUCAGCUGGUGGACGAGCGGUACUCGGACGUUUGGCUGUACGCGCUCGACCCCCGCACGCGUACCCUGCUGAGCAGCCGCGACCUCAUGGCCCGGCUGGGCAGCGGUGACCCGGAGAUGGCCUCAGGCGGUGACCAGGGUGUGCGCGUGGCGGGGAUGUGGCCGGCGGUCGAGGAGAGUCGCGGCUUCUUCACCAACCUCAAGUUCAUCAUCAUCGGCCUCUCGCUCACCAUCUUCCUGCUCAUGGCCCUGACGCUCGGCAUCCUCUGCUGCAAGAGCUGCCAGAGGGACCGCAAGACGUCCCCGUACCCUCCUCUGACGAUGACGCCGGCUGCUAGCGGCUACAGCACCACGCCGCCGCCUACUGUGAACAGUGACGUCAGCGGCGGCUCGCCGAUGACGUCACAGCACGCCGGCGGGCGGUCGAGUCGCGAGAUGGUGGAGAAGCGGGUCCAGCAGAGCGAGCCGCUGGCGGUGGUGCUACAGACGCCGCUGUACUGCAAGCCGUCCAGACGUCUCUCCGCGACCCAGGUCUCUCCCGGGCACUACAUGGCUGACGCCAAGCAGCUGUCGCAGACGCUGGUGCGCAGGCGCGCUGACCCUAGCCCCGCCCAGCCCAGCUCGCAUAAGCGCUACGGUAGCCUCAACUACCCGGCCGGCAGCCGAGCGGCCAAUCAGCUCGCGGCGGUGCUCAACCCUGAGCGCCCAUUGGUCGGCCCCAACGUUCGCCGUCAGUCGGUGACCAAUAGUUUGGGAGAUGGAACCGAAGUGGGCGUGGCCACCAUGAGCUUCUGCAGCGAGUCGCCGUCGGAUAUGCCGCAGAUUGACCACGUAAAGGGUUUCAGGCUGCGACCAGGGCGGUUGGCGCCGUCUCCGCCGCGGGCUCCAGAUGACACGCCUUACCCGGAUUCUCUAAACCCCCAAGGUCACCCACCGCCAUCUACCGCCCACCUGCGAACCAACAGUUCGGACGCCCGCGGAGAGGAGUUCUUGGACUCGCUGGAGCCCAAUCGGUUCUUGCGCACUUGGUCCGUAAAGCGAUGACCGUGAGUGGGAGAAGAAAUUUGCUACGUGUGCAAGAACGACUGUGUAAUUUCGUAUGCCGCGCGCGCUCCGACUAGGACACCCCAUGAGCUCUUGGAGUUGGGCAGACCAUGACGAUGCGUCGAAGGCAGUUCAGUGCCCCAUGCGUGUCGUUCGAUCAAUGAGGAUGCACUGAUCUUGCAGCCAGCGAAGUUCAAACGCGGCGCACACCAACAGUGACGGGACAGCGAAAGAUCGACAGUGUAUACCUGGAUGGGUAUGGGAUGGGAUGGGAUGCCGUGCGGUAUAUGUACAGUUGCGUUGUUUCUUUCCCGGUGCGACCGUUUAUGCUUUUCCAGGUUUCGCGGUUUAUAUCAAAGGAGUACAGUUUACCAUAAUCAUAUUGUUAUCGUCGUCUUUCGGGAGAGUAUCACCCCGUGAUCCAGUGGCUUUUUUAUGGAUACUCUUAACCGUCAUUAUCCUAUAAGUUGGUGAUACACACCUGAGUUUGUUGCGUGCAGAAUGCGUUCGCAUUUUACAGCAUUCUUUUUGUGAUUUUAGCAAAUAGCUUUAUUAAGGUUAUGCUUCUUACCCAUACAUCAUCAUGCCGCUGUAAUCGCUGUCAAUUAACGUCAUGUAAAUGCUCGAAUUAAUGCAAUCGAUGUCUAUCUACUUAAACGAAUAGUGUCGCACAGGAGCCGCGGUUUCCUCCGGAAUGAUGAUGUACAUACAAUAAAACUAACUACAAGGAAUCGUUGAAACAAAUUGACGCUGCCGUUUAUUUUCCGUGAUUUGAAGCGGGCUUAACUUAGAGGACCUUAACGGACUUAACUCACCCUAAGAUACCUGAAAUCGUCUAUUAGUGUCAUAGCAUCACGACAUCCGCAGUCUGCGCCAUCCAAUGCUGCGAUGUGUGACACAUGUGGUCUUCGCAGACUUGACAUAGGCAGCUUCUUUUCGUUCCGCCGCUCGAGCGGGAGCCGGAUUCCUGCAGACCUGUGCGGCUCGUGAGGCGGUGCUACUGGAAGCCACUGACUGCAUGGGUCUCCUCGCACGUAUCUGCAACGACAAUCUAUCUGCAAUAAUGCAGUCUAAUCUAUCUGCAAUAAUGCAGGUGGCCAUGUCACUCUAUCCGCGUACCCGAAAUACAGGGGCAAUGUGCUGAAGAACAGCUGAUGCGACCUCAGGUAAGACUGUCAACUAGCGCAUCUCAGUUCCCCAACCAUGUGUGGUGAAGGUUCGCAUAUGCGUCAUGAACAAAUCUUAACUUUUCCUCCAAAUUCGCUGACGCAACUCAUGAAAUGACGGCCUCGUCUGCUUUUCAAUACCAUCUGGUCAAACGCAUUCGUCAAGUUAUCAGUUUUGGCAUUGCAUUUUGCUCCACAUUGUUCGUACCUAGCCGCAAUGAUCCACAACAGUCGGCUGCAACAUGAGCCAGCAUACCAGCAAU